AUGACUGGAUCGGGAACCAAUGGCUCCGGGCUCUGGAUCUUCACGCGCGACCAGAAGCGCGACGAGGCCCUGGUGCAGAAGGUGAGGGCCAUCGCAGCCCAAAAGGGCUUCGACCUGUCUGUCCUCAACGAUGUGGACCAGAGUGCUUGUGGAAGCAUCACACAGGACACAUCUUGCGACUUUCUGCAAAAGCGCCAAGGAGAGACCCGCUGGGGUUUCGGGGCGCUUGCCCGCGUCAUUUGCGAAAUCCUCGGUUCGGCUCAACUAGACCAACAGAGUCCACCUCCGGCAAUGCUGCCUGCCGUCUUGGCAAGCGAUUUUCAAGUACGCGUGGAGCCGACCGAAGACCUUGCCAAGGGCGAGCUCGGCAUCGUUGCUACGUCGAAACUGGUACCAGGGGACAUCCUCGCCUGGGCGCCCACCUCACUUCUGCUCAGCAAGCCAAAGGCUGUGGAGCUCUGGGGGGAUGUGGUUGAAGCGCUUUCCGACCAGGUUGCGUUGAUCCUGCUGCUCAUUCAGGAGCGAUAUGUUCAUGGGAAGGACUCCAAAUGGUAUGUGUACAUGCGCUCCCUCCCCCAGUUCGACGGGGAUGUGUCGGGACCGAGCUUCUUGUGGACGGAGGACGAACUCGAAUGGCUCCAGGGCAGUGAUGGCUACGGGGCGGCCGCAGCCAUGUACAACACCAUUGUGGACGAGUAUGUGACGCUGAAUGAGUCGCUCUUCCAGGAGCACUCGGAGAAGUUUCCUUCCAGCGCCUUGGGCCUCCAAAAGCACCUGGCCGAUCGGGAUCAGGGUGUGGAGAACCACCGUGCCGGCGCCCUGCAGCUGACGCGAUUUGGCAACGGCAUCGUUGCUUACGCCCACAAGCACUACGACGUGGGUGAGCAAGUCUGGGUAAGCUACGGCGGGAAAAGCAAUGCUGAGCUGCUGUCGCAGCACCUUCCCUUCUUCAGGAUGGUCCAAGGCCAAAUCGCUAGGAUUGAUGCUCCAAAGCUUUCUGAGCCUAUGCUACAGGGUUCUGAAGGAUGCAACAAGGGUUUGCAACAGGAUAUGGGUGGACUCACGGGACUGGGAGGCUUUCGAGGUCCAUAG